AGAUAAAAGGGAACAAAUAAAGCCAAGUGCUCUAUCAGAACCAAAUUGCUGCGCCUGUCACCUGUGUUCUGUGAAGCCGAACCACAAUCCGCAGGCAUGGCCGAGCUGCCCACCCCACUCACCAACCUGAAGAUUCAGUACACCAAGAUCUUCAUAAACAACGAAUGGCAUGAUUCGGUGAGUGGCAAGAAAUUCCCUGUUCUUAAUCCUGCCACAGAAGAGCAAAUAUGCCUGGUUGAAGAAGGAGACAAGGCGGAUGUUGACAAAGCUGUGAAGGCAGCAAGACAGGCUUUUCAGAUUGGCUCUCCGUGGCGUACCAUGGAUGCUUCUGAGAGGGGACGGCUGUUGUACAAGUUGGCUGACUUAAUUGAAAGAGACCGUCUGCUGCUGGCGACGAUGGAGUCGAUCAAUGCUGGAAAACUGUUUCCCAAUGCGUAUCUGAUGGAUUUGGGAGGCUGCAUAAAAACCUUACGCUACUGUGCAGGCUGGGCUGACAAGACCCUGGGCCGCACCAUGCCGAUCGAUGGAGACUUCUUUUGUUACACAAGACAUGAGCCUGUUGGUGUCUGUGGCCAAAUCAUUCCUUGGAAUUUCCCUCUGGUCAUGCUCAUCUGGAAGAUCGGGCCUGCGCUGAGCUGCGGGAACACCGUGGUGGUCAAGCCUGCGGAGCAGACGCCCCUCACGGCCCUGCAUGUGGCAUCUCUGGUGAAAGAGGCAGGGUUUCCUCCUGGCGUGGUAAACAUUGUCCCUGGGUAUGGGCCGACUGCAGGAGCUGCCAUCUCCAACCACAUGGAUGUCGACAAGGUCGCCUUCACCGGAUCCACAGAGGUUGGCAAGUUGAUCAAAGAAGCUGCCGGGAAAACCAACCUCAAGAGGGUGACCCUGGAGCUGGGCGGGAAGAGCCCCUGCAUUGUGUUCGCUGACGCCGACUUGGACAUGGCUGUUGAGUUUGCACACCAAGGCUUGUUCUACCACCAGGGCCAGUGCUGCAUUGCUGCAUCCAGGCUUUUUGUGGAAGAAUCGAUUUACGAUGAGUUUGUUCGAAGGAGUGUUGAGCGGGCGAAGAAGUAUGUUCUUGGAAAUCCUCUGGCCCCAGAAGUGAAUCAAGGCCCUCAGAUUGACAAGGAGCAAUACACAAAAAUACUGGAGCUCAUUGAAAGUGGGAAGAAAGAAGGCGCCAAGCUGGAAUGUGGAGGAGGCCCAUGGGGGAAGAAAGGCUACUUUGUGCAGCCCACAGUCUUCUCAAACGUGACAGAUGACAUGCGCAUUGCCAAAGAGGAGAUAUUUGGACCGGUACAGCAAAUCAUGAAGUUUAAAUCUCUGGAUGAUGUGAUCAAGAGAGCCAACAAUACUACAUAUGGGCUGUCAGCGGGCAUCUUCACCAGGGACCUGGACAAAGCUGUCACGGUGUCCGCAGCUCUGCAGGCUGGCACUGUGUGGGUGAAUUGCUAUGGUGUGGUAUCUGCCCAGUGUCCCUUUGGUGGAUUCAAGAUGUCUGGAAAUGGACGAGAACUUGGAGAAUAUGGUCUCCAGCAAUACACAGAGGUCAAGACAGUCACGGUGAAGAUCUCCCAGAAGAAUUCGUAAAGGAGCUUCCAAAAGGAAAGCGAAGACUCAGCCACAGCUAUGCGUCUGCUGCACUCAGACUGCGUUCUAGGCGUUCAGUUCCUCUGUUCUUGAUUUUCUUUAACACAGGGUAGUUGUAUUAGGAUUAGUGCUACACAUUAAAAGCAUUAUUAGUGGCUUAUCCAGGAAGAAUCAUUUGCCUUGUGCCAUGUGAACCUGCCCCGCCCCAGCCCCAUUGAGAGUA